CUCCUGACCACAAGUGAUCUGCCCACCUCAGCCUCCCGAAGUGCUAGGAUUACAGGCUGAGCCACCGUGCCCGUCCUGUUUGUGGUUAUAAUUUCUCACGGGUGGGAUUUCCCUGCACUCUUCCCCGCUGUCUUCAGUGCCAACACUGCUUUCUUUGUGGCCCCUGGAGCAGGGCAGGGGCUUCUCACUCACCCCUAUCCUGAGGCUGUGGUCAGACGAGGUCCUAACUUUAUGGGAUCUUAAGGCAGCAUGAGAGAGAGAGGCAAGAAAAGACCCUAAAACUACCCCCCAAGCCUAUCUGCACACUGCCAGGCCUGGCACCUCCUUCCUUGAAUUGCAGCUCAUUCUCUACACACAAACUAUGGUAGCCUGCAGGCUCUUCGUGUUUUCCUCGCAGGUGUGGGUGUGUUUGUUCCUCAGACCUGGGCUUCCUUCUCUAGGUUAUGGCUUCUCUAGGGUUGAUUUCGGAGGAGUCAGGCCCGUGGUUAGCUAGCUUACUCCAGCAUCGAUGACAGAAGGCAUCUCUACUAUUGGAUAUGAUCGUCAGGCUUAUGGGGCCAAAGAGGGGAUGUGGGAGCCAUUUCCAACUCAUCCCAAGGGAGGUAGAUUUCUUCUUGAGGCAUUCUUUUUCUGUCUUGAAUCUUCUUUUUCUUUCAGUGUUCUGGCUGACGCAGCUAUGGGGAAGAAGGUCUUGCACAUUCCAUACAGAGAUUCUGUUCUGACCAAACUGCUCCAGUCAGCUCUGGGUGGGAACAGCAGAACCGCUUUGAUCGCAGCCGUAAGUCCAGCUGACAUCUGCUAUGAGGAAACUCUAUCAACAUUAAGAUAUGCGGAAAGGGCAUGGUGCCAGGCAAGGGGAUUUUUGUGCUAAUGACAAAUGAAGAUGAGCUCUGUAAGCGACAGCUCCUCGGUCAGAGCCACUCGCUGGGCAGCCCUGCAGCCCCUGCACAGACCAGCUCUCCACACUGGCUUAAAAGAUCCGGAACAAAGCAGUGGUCAACACCUGGACACUGAUGAGAAAGUCAAGGGCGGAGAACAGCAAGCUGCUGCCCUGAUGCAGAAACUCCAUAAUGUCAGAGCCGUCGGCCUGUCUCCAGGCAGAGCAGCAGCUGGGGACUCCUGAUCAGGUGACCUGGGCACACCUGCUGGAGAAGGCCCAGGAGCGGCAGAUGAUGACCUUCCCUCACCUUCUUAACGUCAACGAGGACCCUCAGCUCACCAGGGUGCUCAAGUACUUCAUUCAAGCUGGUUCAUGUGACGCUGGUCGGGCUGCCUCAAAUGCUAUCACGAUUCAAGGUUUGGGUGCUUGGAGCCCUGACCCACCAGACUACAGAAAGCCCAGACUGUGGAGUGACCCCUGGGGCUCCCUCAGGAGGCCCCUGCAGGAGCCCUGGGAAACCCCAUGCCGGGCCUCACCCAGUCAAGAGCUGUCCCCAGCUCUGUGGCUGCCCUGCCUGGGAGGCUGCUGCUGGAGUGUCUCCAGCUGGGAAGCACCAUCACCUGCGUCCUUCAGACAGAUCACCCCCGUCCCCGUACGAAAGCCCACGGGCCGUCGUGGCUGGAGGGGUGCUGACCCAGGGGCUGGCUGGCCCCGCCUCGUCCUGCACUGCCAGCCUCCUUCUUGGGACAUCUUCCUGGGGAUCCCCCUCAAGUCCCUUUCCAGAACACGUCCUUAG